AUAAUAUAUGAGUAUUUAGACUAUUUUCACACUAAUCCAUCCAAAACUUUUAGGAUUUCUUGGGAACCUCUCUUUCUCUCCCUUUUCUCUUCUGCUAGUUCAUCUGAAUUCAAUACUUUGACGCGAAAGUAUAAAUUUAUUCAAAUUGCAACAAUUUUAGUAGGGAGGUGAAGAUGGAAAGAGUAAGAUAUUGUGGAUAUGUUUUUACUACAGCAAUUUAUUGUUGUUUUAUGCUGAACUAUUUUGCAGUUGCUCAAAUUACUGAUACUUCUGAAGUAUCAGCUUUGGUAUCUAUAAAGAAUGGUUUGAUUGAUAAUAUGAAGUACCUGAAAGAUUGGGAGAAGGGUGAUCCAUGUACAUCUAACUGGACUGGAGUUCAUUGUUUCAACAAAGUUGGAGCCAAUGGAUACUUGCAUGUCAAGGAACUCCGUAUGAUGGCUAUGAAUCUUUCUGGAAAUUUAACACCUGAGCUUGGACAACUAUCUCAUCUUCAAUUUCUAAAUUUCAUGUGGAAUGACUUGACCGGGAGUAUACCGGAAGAAAUUGGAAACAUCAAGCCUUUGAAACUUCUGCUCUUGACUGGAAAUCGACUUUCAGGAUCUUUAUCUGAUCAGCUUGGGUAUCUCCCGAACCUGAGAAUAUUCCAGAUAGACGAGAACCAGAUAUCUGGAAGAAUUCCUAAAUCCUUUUCCAAUUUAAACAGUGUCCAACAUAUCCACUUCAACAACAACUCACUGAGUGGUCAAAUCCCUCCCGAGCUUUCCAAUUUGUCCACUCUGCUUCACAUGCUAAUAGACAACAAUAAUCUUUCAGGACACCUUCCUCCUGAGAUUUCAACACUCCCGCGUCUUCGAAUAAUACAACUUGAUAACAACAAUUUCAGCCAUUCCGAGAUUCCAGCUUCUUAUGGAAACAUGUCAUCAUUAGUGAAACUAAGUCUCAGAAAUUGCACGUUGCGAGGAUCCAUUCCUGAUCUUAGCAGAGUACAGAGUCUACACUAUCUUGAUCUUAGCUGGAAUGAACUGUCUGGAUCUAUACCACAGAAUAAGCUUUCCAACAAUAUGACAGCUAUUAUUCUGUCACACAAUCGUCUUGAUGGAUCUAUUCCGAAGAGUUUUUCGUCUCUUCCUUUGUUGCAGAAACUGUCAAUGGAUAACAACCUUUUGAAUGGUUCCUUUUCUACAGACAUUUGGCAAAACAAGUCUACGUCAACUUCGUCGCUGUUGAUAGAUCUUCGGAAUAAUUCACUUUCAGACAUUUUGGGUACUCUUGAACCUCCUCUGAAUGUCACUCUAAGGUUGCAGGGCAAUCCCGUCUGCAGAAAUGAGAAUGUAAGAAACAUCGUCAAGUUCUGUGGCUCUGAAGCUGGAACAGAUAAGACAAAUAACUCAGCAAGUGUACCUGGUGCUUGUCCUAUUCAUGCAUGCCCAAAGGAUAAUUAUUAUGAAUAUGUUCCAGCAUCACCUAUUCCUUGCACUUGUGCCUCACCUCUCAUAGUUGGAUGGCGGCUGAAAAGUCCUAGUUUUUCUUUCUUUGAUCCAUAUGUGCAUCAAUUUGAGCAGUAUAUGACUAGAGAUCUUAAUUUGGACCUUUACCAAAUGUUGAUCGAGUCAAAUUCUUGGGAAGAAGGACCUCGUCUCCGAAUGCAAUUGAAGCUUUUCCCAACAGUUGGGUUCAGUACAUUUAAUAGAAGUGAGGUCAUUCGUAUCAGCGACAUUCUGCAAUAUUGGGAAAUCUCUGUCGUUGACCUUUUUGGACCUUAUGAGCUCCUUAACUUCAUUCUGCUGGGACCUUAUUCCUACUUGAAUCCUGAUAUACAAGCUAAAAAUACAAGCAAAGGUCCUAUCAUAACUAUCAUUGUAGCAGGUGUUUUUUCUGCAUUUGUUUCAGCAAUUGUAACUGUGUUAAUCAAAAGACGACAUGCAAAAUACCGAAGCAUCCUAUCAAGGAAACGUCUAUCCGCAAAGCUCUCUAUAAAAUUGGAUGGCAUUAGAAGCUUUACUUUCAGAGAAAUGAGCUUGGCCACUAGCAACUUUGAUAACUCAAAUCAAGUUGGUGAAGGAGGAUAUGGGACUGUCUUUAAGGGAAUUUUAGCUGACAAAACAGUUGUUGCUAUCAAACGAGCAAAAGAAGGAUCAGUACAAGGGCAAAAGGAAUUUUUGACAGAGAUAUCUUUGUUAUCAAGGUUACAUCACCGGAAUCUAGUUUCAUUGCUAGGAUACUGUGAUGAAGAAGGAGAACAGAUGCUGGUUUAUGAAUUCAUGUGCAAUGGAACCUUGCGAAACUGGCUUUCUGUUAAUUGUAGAGGAACUUUGACAUUUGGUGCAAGAUUGGAGAUUGCGCUAGGUGCAGCAAAGGGCAUUCUUUACCUCCAUACAGAAGCUCAUCCACCAAUAUUCCAUAGGGACAUCAAAGCCAGCAAUAUCCUUCUUGACUCUAAAAUGACAGCUAAAGUUGCUGAUUUUGGAUUGUCUAGGCUUGCACCUGUCCAGGAUGAUGAAGGUGUACUACCAAAUCAUGUUUCAACUAUUGUGAAGGGAACACCUGGUUAUCUUGAUCCAGAAUAUUUUUUGACUCGUAAAUUGACAGAUAAAAGUGAUGUCUAUAGCCUUGGAGUUGUGUUUCUAGAAAUCUUAACCGGAAUGCGUCCAAUCUCACAUGGAAAAAACAUUGUUCGUGAGGUAAAUUUGGCUCAUGGCUCUGAGAAGAUGUUCUCAGUCAUGGACAGUACAAUGGGACCUUAUCCUUCCGAAUGUGUGGAAAAGUUUGUAGAUUUGGCCCUCAAGUGUUGCGAAGACAAACCAGAAGACAGACCUUCAAUGUUGGAUGUAGUCAGGGAGCUGGAGACUAUUCAGUCUAUUUUCAACAUGAUGCCAGACAUUGACACCGAUUCAGUAGAUUCUAAAGCCAAAUAUAACGAACCAAAGUCAUCAUCUUCAUUUACUGAUACUAGCAGAGAUGCGUUUUUAUCGUCCUCCAAUGUGUCGGGAUGUUACAGUAUCAGUGGCGUCAGUCUUACUAUGCCUCGCUAACAGAGUAGUUGCUCAUCUUUUGUACUAGAAAAAUUAGUAUGUAGAAUAGGGAGUUAUGCAAGAUAAGGCUACGUACAAUAGACCUUUGUAGUCGGACCCUUCCCCGAACCCUGUGCAUAACGGGAGCUCACCGGGCUGCCCUUUAAUAGGGAGUUAUAGCAUAUAGCUUCUGUUUUAUACAUGUAUUUCACGGAUUUGUAAACAAGAACCACUUUAUCAUAGCCUUCUGAGCUACGUUGCACAGACUCUUCACUUUUGAUGUCACACAAUGUCGGAUUCUCCAAAAGUCUCCAAAACUACACUAUUUUUGGAGAAUCCGACACGCACCCGUUGACAUUUUUGAAGAGUCCGAGCAACAUAGCUUCUGAGUUCUGACUAAUGUUGUAUCCACUCAAUUAUUGAGCUUUACUAGAAGAGAGGCAGCUUCUCAUUAGGAUUUGUACAUGUACUAGUACUAACCAUUAGGGUAGACGGUCUACAUCACACCAAAAGAGAUGUGACCCUUCCUCGGACCCGUUUGUGCACCAGACGCUGCCCUUUUUUGGGGUACUAGUACAGUAUAUGUUUAUGCUUUCACAAUCCAAAAAUUGGGUUGUUAACAUGGCAUCAUCAAACAAUAGGUACUGCUAUUUGU